AUGAUUGAAGUCAAAUUCUUGGGCCAUGUAAUUUCUCAAGAUGGUAUCACCGUUGAUCCUGCAAAGAUAGACUCUCUUCUACAGUGGGAAAGACCAAAGAAUGUCACUGAAGUUCAAAGUUUUCUGGGGUUGGUAGGCUACUAUCGUCGCUUUGUGAAGAAUUUCUCUUGGAUUGCUAUGCCUUUGACAAAGUUAACAAGAAAAGAAGUAAAGUUUAUGUGGGAUGAUAGUGGUGAAGAAGCUUUCAGAGAGUUGAAGGAAAGAUUAACUUCGACGCCUGUUCUCAUUGUUCCUAAUAGUGAGGAACCAUAUGUGGUAUUCAAUGAUGCUUUAUGUAAUAUCCCAAUAAGCUCAAUAAUUACUAAUUAG